AUGCAAACGAGUGUUUUACAACAAUGCUGGAUUAAUCAACAACAGCGAUUGUCUCCAACGAUUUCGUUGGAUUGUACUCGACAAUCCGAUGUUAAUUCAAGUGAAUCAUUAUUUCGAACAAAGUCAUCUUCUUCAACUGAUACUAUUAAAGAGUUCUGUGCGAAAGAAGACAACGAAGAUCAUUCAUUGAAAAAACGAUUGCUUGGCCAUCUCAAUGCAAAAAACUGCAAAGUUUUUCUAAUCACUGCUAUCAUCGGAGCUAUAUUAUCUGGCAUUGCUCUCUCAAUUGUACUUACUUUUUACGUGGUAGACCGUUCAUCUGGAACAACAAGUCCGACAUCAAGCAGUACCACUAUCACCAGCACGAGUUCGACAUCAACCAGCAGUAGUACCAGUAGUAGUUCGACAUCGACCAGUACUAGUACUACUAGCAGUUCGACGUCAAGUACAACAUCAGCGACGACAACACUGAAAAUUUGUAAUAAUGGUGAUACUGCAAUCACUUUUGAUGAUCUGUCAGCAUCGGUAGCAGUACCCAAUGGUUACAAUAAAUUUGAUUGGACAAAUGGAAUGGUUCAAGCAGCAAACGCGAAUACAAGUGGAUAUUAUACAGGAAUUGUCAGUAAGCCAAAAUCCGUGAUGAAUCCAAAUGCGAAUCCGUUAACAAUGGCAAGUGUUAAUGGAAGUCUUUUUACAUUGUAUUCAAUAUCAAUAGCAGCAGCGUGGUAUGAUAAUCUAAAUCUGACAGUGAUUGGUUAUAAUUCGAAUGCAAUUAUGGCGAGUGAGAAUUUUAUCAUUCAAGUAUUCGCUGUCUCUACUUUAACAUUCAAUGGAUUCUCUGGAUUAGAUACUGUCAUAUUUUCGACAUCAGGUGGAACAAAGAAUGUUAAUGUCGGUGGUAGUGGAGGACAUUUUUCCAUGGAUAACAUUUGUUUAUCUUUUACAUGA